GUAUAAGCACGUCGUUCGGCUGCCGGUACGCAAUGAGUGCAGUCAAACAAACGAAAAAGAAGCUCGUGUUUGUGACGGGAAACGCUAGAAAAUUGGAAGAGGUGAGGACAAUUUUUGUCGGAGAUAAAUGCGUGGAUGUUGAAGCAAAGAAACUAGAUUUGCCCGAAUUUCAAGGAGAACCAGAUGAUAUUGCGAGAGAGAAAUGCAAAUUGGCUGCAAAAGAGGUGAGUGGCCCUGUGAUUACAGAAGACACGUGUCUCUGUUUUAAUGCUCUCGGAGGUCUACCAGGACCAUAUAUUAAAUGGUUUCUGGAGAAACUUGGCCACGAUGGUCUCAACAGACUUCUAGUUGGAUUUGAUGACAAAACUGCAAACGCUGUCUGCACAUUUGCAUACUCAACAGGAAAUCCGAGUGAUGAAAUAGUGUUAUUCAAAGGCAUCACACCGGGUCGUAUCGUUCCAGCUCGCGGCCCUCCCAACUUCGGUUGGGAUCCGAUCUUUCAACCCGAUGGGUUUGAUAAAACGUAUGCCGAGUUAAGCAAAUCAGUCAAGAAUGAAAUUUCUCACCGUGGCAAAGCAUUGCAAGCAUUAAAGGAAUACUUUAAACAAUAGAGGGAGAAGCUAUUCGUUGCACAGCGAAUUGUGUAAGUUAUGACUAAUUAAUAAUUUUAUCUCUGUUGGGAAACCACAGUAUAAAUACUUUAUAAUAUUUUCUACAUCCACAAUGUUAGUGAGCUUAAUCAACGACAUAGUUGCACUGUAGAUCAGCAUGGUAUGUGGAUUCUGAUAUAAUUUGGGGUAAUUUGGAUGUUGGUACUUGAUCUGGCAAGGUGAAGUUGUAAAUGAAAAAGGGUU